UAAAUUAUGCUUGUAAAAUGAUAAAAUUAAAUUUAGCAUAAAUAUUUUCCUAUAUAUGGACAUUCUUUUCAUCUUUCUUACUAUGAAAGAUGAUUGUUUUCCAAUUGUGUUUUUGAUAUUCAAUAAAAGUUUCGAUGCAGAAUAAUUGGGUUUAAUGCUGAAGAAUCGGAAGUAACAAUGGAAUACAACAGCUAUUCCAUUCCUAAAAUGAAUGACUGUGCUCAAGCUAUUCAUUCUUUGAAUCCUAUUCCUCCAGCUCCAAAUUUAACAAAUGCUUAUCAACCUAAUGUUGAUAAAACUAAUGGUCUUCAUGCUCUAACAAUGCAUGAAAAUCUAGAUUUACAUGAAAAUCCUGAUAGUCCUCCACCAGCUGAUGGCUCAAAGGGAAUGUCUGAAGAACAACACCUCUGCCAAUAUUGUGAUAAAGUCUACCCAUCAAGAACCAAUCUUUCUAGGCAUAUAUUUCAAAUUCAUCGUGUGCCACCCCGGAAAAAUAAGCCCCCUGGUACAACAAAUGAAUCAAGAGGAGCCAUUUGUUAUGAAGAAGGUUGCAAUAAUGAAAAAUUUAAGAGCACCACAGAACUUCGUAAUCACCUUGUAAAUAAACAUAAUUUCAUUUUCCAAGUUAUAAAAAAUGUUCUUGAGACAGAACAGGACUUUAUUCGUUGGAAAAAAAAUGUGGAGGAAGCUUGUGAUAUUAAAUGGGUAAAGCAAGCAGCGAAAAAGAAGGCAUCUGGUUGCACAGUAGUCACCUAUAUCUGCCAUAGGAGUGGAAAAUUCCGUAGCAGUGGUGGCCGUCGGAGGGCGCUCAAGUCUUGUAAAAUAGGACAUUUUUGUACAGCUUAUCUCAAAGUUGUGAUACUUGAAGAAAAUAAAGGAUAUCAAGUAGAAUUGUAUCCUGAUCAUUAUGGUCAUGAUAUAUCCUCAGCAGAAGAUAAGAAGGUCAAAGUACAAGUUGCAAAAUGCUUGAACAAUCCUGUAAGGGGUAUUCUCAUAAGUACAACUGGAGUCUUAUUUGAAAAUGGAAAGUAUGAAGCCAUCAAAGGAUCGGUAAUAGCAGUUGAAAGAUUGCGACAACUAGGGAUUGCAAUUCGAUUCAUCACCAAUGAUUCUCGAAGAACUCCAGCAGAAUUAGUGAAAAAAUUACAAUCUUUAGGUUUUACUGUUUCAGAAAAUGAAAUUUGUUCUCCUCUACCAGUUGUUAUAAAUACAUUAGAAAAUCUUGGACUCAGGCCUUAUUUAAUGGUACAUCCAGAUAUCAAACCUGCAUUUGAUAAAAUAGACCAAUCCUCUCCAAACUGUGUUGUAAUUGGUGAUAUGGGUGGUAAUCUCUCUGCAGAAAUGUUCAAUAAAGCCUAUCAAGUACUCACUUCUUCUCCGAGUCCUGUUCUUGUAAAACUGGGGAAUGAGAAGUAUUAUAAAGAAAAGAAUGAGUUAGUCUUGGGUGCCGCUUCUUAUGCAGCAGCUUUAGAGUAUGCCUGCAGUGCAGAAGCCAUGGUAGUUGGAAAACCUUGUUAUGAUUUCAUUAUGAAUGCAGUUAAUGGUCUGGGUAUCUGUCCUCAAGAGAUACUCAUGGUUGGUGAUGACAUUGAAAAUGAUAUUCAAGCUGCUCAGAGAUGUGGAAUGCGAGCAAUAUUAGUCAGGACAGGAAAAUUCAGACCUGAUGAUGCAAAAAAUGAAGUGAUCAAGCCAGAUACUAUUGUGAAAAAUCUUGCUCAUCUAGUGGACAUGUUAGUAAUGAAAUCUAAACGUGAAAAUUCCACUAAAAAUUCAUCUGAUGGGAUGCCUAAAUAUCCUCAAGAACAGAAAAAGCAAAUGAAUCGGACUCCUAAACCAAUGGAGGUACCACCUCCUGUUCCUGUACCGCCGCAUUACGAUGUAUAUCCCUUUCGUUUUGCUGGCACUGAAAUUAGCUAAUGCUCAUUUGCUUUUCAGACCAUAGCUAUAUUUUAAUAAUUGCCAUUCUUGUUGACUAGUGAUAUAAAAUAUCAUCCAAUCAUUUUGCUGAACCAUAUGAACAAUGUAUAGUCAUAAUUUGAGCAUGUAUGAUAAAUGCUGAGAAUGUGUAAAUGAUCAUUAAUAGGUAAUGUUUUUAAAAUUACUGUGAUUUUAAAUUGUGUAUUGCUAAGCAGCUGAAAAGUGAAUUUUGUGUGUAUAUUUAUCAAUUUAAGUUUCAUCAGUCUGAAGAAAAAAAAUUGUCUAGUAGAUGAUUUUGUUCACUUCACAGAAUUUAUUACGAGUUAAACCUACUGAUGCUCAAAGAAAAUAUAUCUUUAAAAUUGUUCUUUUCUACAAAUAAUAUUAGUUAUCAAAAAUAUUUUUAAAGAAAAAUUAGCAGAUUUUAUUUACAAAUUAUUCUAUUUAAUCAAAUGCUUCUGUAAAUGAUAUUC